ACACUAAUUGAGUAAUUGCGAUGGCACUUCUAUAAUUCAAGUAUGAAGCGUAUGUCAUUUUCAAACUCGGCGGUAAUUCUUAUGACGUCAUUGGGAUAAAAACGUCAUCUGCGUUUAGUUAUAGGCAUACCUUGUCUUAUUGUACCAUGUCUAAAACGGUGCUGACAACAUGGGGGAGGGGAAACUCUGAAUCGCAGAUUGACCACAUAAUAAGGACGAAAUCAAAAGAAAUAGGCAUCAUGAACACAGUAGGCAUAUGGGCAAAAACAGUAGGAUUGGACCACAAAAUAGUAAGGGGAAAAGUAAAAAAGGAGGGGAGGAAGAGAGGAGGAAGAAAAAGACAAGGAGCAAACCGGGAGAACCGAAUGGUGGGAAGUGAAACUCCUGUCAAGGGAGGAAUACCGAAAGGAGCAGGACGAGAUCAGAAGCAAAAAGGGGGAAGGAAGACCAUCUUGGAACAGGAUCGCCGAAACGCUCAAAGAAGCAGCAGGGAAAACCGAGGGGAAAACAUUCGGGAAACAGAAACCGCCCAUGUCACCGAACAGGAUACGAGCCAUGGAUAAUGACAGAAGAGCAAACAAGAGGUUUGGGCAAAACCCACACAAACCUGAAACAAAGAAAGAGCUAAGGGAAGCUAAGAAGGAGAAAAACAGAGCCUUUGAGCAACACGAAAUCAAAGAAUUCGUGGAGAACAUCGCCAAGCUCAGACCAAUGGAGAGGAAUGAGCACAUAAAAAAAACAAAAGGAGGAAAUGGAAGCUGGGCCAACCCUGUUUCACAUGGAACACCACCAUAGACCAAACGGGCACGGCCUCGGGGAUUCCCAUGGGAAGAGUGGAGCAGAGACAAGCAUCAAAUGAAGAAUGAAAGCAGAAGAAUACUAGAGGUGGAGGAAAAAUCAGCAGGGUUGCCAAACAAAAACCCAACAAAAACCGGGUUCGAUGUCGAAUCCAAACAUGGCGCAUUUUACACGGGCGGAAACUUGGAAUGGCACCACAACCUCCUCUUCUGCCAAAAUAAAUCGUCCGUCUCACUUCUCGACAUCGACAAGGGUGUAGUUGUACUCGAGGUAGGAGAGAAGUAUUCUGAAGCCUCGGAUCUCGUGCAAACGUUCACGGCCGAUAGGGAUCAGGUCGUGACUUCUCACAAGAGCGGAUCUAUAAAACUUUGGAAACACGACGGUGCACUUGUGAAAACCUGGAAGAGUAUUCAUAAGGGGCCGAUCGUUCGACUGGUAUUAAACGGAAGUCUGUUGGCUAGCGGAGGGUCGGAUGGAAAUGUGAGAAUUUGGAACAUGGAAAAUCAAAUGUGCGUUCUCGGUUUGAAGGGAUUAUUUGGAAUUGUCAAUGUUGUAGAAUUUCAUUCGGGUCGAGAAUUGGUGUUUGCUUCCGGUGACGAUGGCAAAAUCGCAACAUGGUGUUUAAAGACGGGGACAUCGAUGGUAACGUACAACGGCCACUUUAGUAAAGUGACUGCAAUUACGUUUCACGAGGAUACCCAGCAUUUUGUCAGUUGCGGGCGAGAUAGAGUGAUAAUGUUAUGGACUGUUGGAGUGGCGACUGCGGUACGCGUUGUACCGACAUACGAGACAUUGGAAGAUAUAGUUUUCUUACCAAACGUAUUGAGAAUAACGGCGAAAGGGGGCGUUGACAGUGAGGGGAUGCAUGUUGCCACAGUUGGCAGUAAUGGACUGGUACGAAUUUGGGACAUGGGUAAAUCCGCGGAAAUUUUUGUACAAACAAAUUCGUUGGUGUCGAAAGCGAAAGAGGACGGUCGCUUGGCUAUUCAAAAAUUAUUGUUUGACAAAGAGAGAGAUAUGUUCGCCGUAGUGGCGGCAGAUCAAACCAUAGUUUUGCACGAAUUAACCACUUUCAACGUCGUUAAACAGUUUGUGGGCUUUUCCGAUGAAAUCUUAGAUGUGGUUUUUGUGGGCAAAAAUGAUUCUCACAUUGCCGUAGCUACGAACUCUGAAGACAUUAAGCUAUACGAAAGUGCAACAAUGAACUGCAAUCUUUUGAAGGGCCAUACUGACCUGGUACUAGCACUAAGUGCAUCUAAAGUAAAUUGCAACUUGCUACUCUCGUCUGCGAAGGACAACACGAUCCGACUGUGGCGCUUGUUUGAAAAAGGAAUCUGCGAAUGUGUCGGAAUUGGCAUGGCACACACCGGGUCUGUCGAUUCAAUAGCAUUCUCGAAUUUAACCGCUACUUUUGCAAUAUCCGCUAGUCAAGACACCUGCUUAAAAGUCUGGGAGCUGCCUUCAAAGUUUGAAAAAAAUUCGAACUUGCUAUGCAAGUGUACAGAGGUUGCUCAUCAAAAAGGGAUUAACUCGGUGGAAGUGUCUCCAAACGACAAGAUAAUUGCCACCGGUUCUCAGGAUAAAACCGCAAAGCUGUGGACAGACUCCCUGGAGUUGAUAGGCGUGUUACAUGGACACAAACGUGGAAUUUGGUGCGUGCGAUUCUCACCAGUCGAUCAAAUAGUACUAACAUCGUCUACAGAUGGCGCGAUUAAGUUAUGGUCUAUUACAACAUUGAACUGUUUAAAAACAUUUGAAGGUCACGAUGCGAGUGUCCACAGGGCAGAAUUUAUAUCAAAUGGAAUGCAAAUUUUAAGCGGAGGGGCAGAUGGAUUAAUUAAACUUUUUAACAUCAAAACGGCGGAGUGUGUAAAUACCUUUGAUCAACAUGAAGCGCGUGUGUGGACUUUAGCAAUAAAUCAGAAUGAGACCGGUUUUAUAACGGGAGGAGCAGACUCUUUCCUCAUCAAGUGGAAGGAUGUAACGGAAGAUCGCCUACGUGAAAAAGCAAACGACGCGAAUAAGCGAAUUUUACAAGAGCAACAAAUAAACAACUAUUUACAAAACGACGAAUUACUGAAGGCACUAACACUAGCGCUUAAUUUAGCCAGACCAUUUCAAACAUUAAAAAUAGUUCAACUAAUCAUAAAAAAGGGGGACUACGGUUUGACGGACACAAUACACCAGUUAAGAAACGACCAAAAGGAUGCCUUAUUGAAAUGUGUAACUGAUUGGAAUACUAAUAGCCAUAACUGCCAUUCCGCGCAGCUAGUUCUGAAUAUACUAAUGAAGGAAAUGCAAACUGGUCAUUUUUGGCCAGUUGGUUUAAAUAACGCAGUUGAAGAAAUUUUGCCCUACACAGAUAGGCACUUUAAGAGAUUAAGUAAAUUAAUGCAAGAUUUACAUUUUAUAAAUUAUACCAUUAAUUGUAUGCAACCUCAUGCUAAAAAUAAAUAAAUGUUUUUGAAAUUCUCA